AUGCAGCAGCAGCCCCCAUCUGAGCCACUGGCCCCCUCGGCUGAGCCCACAAAGCCCCCCUACAGCUACAUAGCCCUGAUUGCCAUGGCCAUCCAGAGCUCGCCGGGCCAGAGGGCGACACUCAGUAGCAUCUACCGCUACAUCAUGGGCCGCUUCGCCUUUUACCGCCACAACCGGCCAGGCUGGCAGAACAGCAUCCGCCACAAUCUCUCUCUCAACGAGUGCUUCGUCAAGGUGCCCCGGGAUGACCGCAAGCCAGGCAAGGGCAGCUAUUGGACCCUGGACCCUGACUGCCACGACAUGUUCCAGCAUGGCAGCUUCCUCCGCCGUCGCCGCCGCUUCACCCGGCGGGCAGGUGCCCAUGGCACCAAGGGCUCUGCCAAAGCAGGCCGUGGACCCCUCAGAGCCACCAGCCAGGAUCCAGAAGUCUCCAACACCACGACUGGCAGGCAGUGCCCAUUCUCGCCAGAGCUUCCAGACCCCAAGGGCCUAAGCUUUGGGGGUCUGGUGGGUGCCUUGCCAACGAGCAUGUGCCCAGCAACUACUGAUGCCAGGCCCCGGCUGCCCACAGAGCCCAAAGAGAUGUGUGCACCCAAGGCUGCAGGCCCAGGGGAGCCCCCUGGGUCCACCACAUCCUCCCCAUGCCCGGCUUUUGGCUUUCCUGCUGGUUUCUCUGAGGCCGAGGGCUUCAGCAAGAUGCCUACAUCCAUCUUGGCCCCUGAGGCAAGCGUCGGGAACAGCUACCAGUGCCGGCUGCAGGCGCUGAAUUUCUGCAUGGGGGCUGACACUGGCCUCGAGCACCUCUUGGCCUCUGCAGCCCCCGCUCCUGUACCACCCACCCCUUCAACCUCACUCCGGGCCCCACUGCCCCUGUCAGCUGACCCUAAGGAACCAUGGGUGGCAGGGGGCUUCCCUGUUCAGGGAGGCUCCAGCUGCCCUCUGGGGCUGCCCCCCUGUCUAUACCGGACACCAGGAAUGUUCUUCUUUGAGUGAAGGUGGCCUCACCUCUUCAAGGCCCCUGCCAACUACACCCUUCAGGUGGAGCCUGGAUCCAGGACCUGGAGCACUCUGAAAGAACCCAGCUCUGGCAGACCAAGAACAACCAGGACAGGAAGCCAAGACUGAAGCGGUGAACACUCAGCCAGGCCCUGGGGACCUCCAGACAAACUUGGGGUGAGGGAAAGUGGGGACCCUUGAGAUUUACUUUGUGGCUCUUGG